GUGAGAGGUCGGAUCCGAUCCACCGGUGUUGGCGUCGUCCCUCCCCUCCGCUGUCCCUGAUACCCACCCACCAUCCAUGGCCACCGCACGGGCGCCGGAGGAAGAACACCAGAUGAGGAAGAAGCUCGUCAUCGACACCGACCCGGGAAUCGAUGACGCCAUGGCCAUCUUCGUGGCGCUGAGGUCGCCGGAGCUGGAGCUGCUGGGCCUCACCACCAUCUUCGGCAACGUCUACACCACCCUCGCCACCCGCAAUGCCCUCCACCUGCUGGAGGCUGUUGGGAGGACUGACAUCCCCGUCGCGGAGGGAUCCCAUGUCACAGUCAAGAAAGCCACCAAGCUACGGAUUGCGAGCUUUGUUCAUGGUUCGGAUGGCCUGGGGAAUCAGAACUUCCCACCACCAGCUGGGAGGCCUGUAGAUCAAUCGGCGGCCGCCUUUCUUGUCGAGCAGGCAAAUUUGUACCCUGGACAAGUUACUGUGGUUGCCCUUGGUCCACUUACUAACCUUGCUUUGGCUAUCGAACUUGAUCCUUCUUUCCCAAAGAAGAUAGGGCAGAUUGUGAUCCUUGGUGGUGCAUAUUCAGUUAAUGGAAAUGUCAACCCUGCAGCUGAGGCAAAUGUGAGGGAGAUAUUUGGUGACCCUGACGCAGCUGAUACAGUUUUCACCUCCGGUGCUGAUAUUUUGGCCGUGGGAAUAAAUAUAACACACCAAGUAGUUCUUUCUGAUGCUGACAGGGAAAAGCUUGAACAGUCUGAUAGCAAAUAUGCCCGGUACUUGAGCAAGAUAUUGGGUCUUUAUUAUGAUUAUCACAGGGAUGCUUACUUUACAAAAGGAGUGUAUCUCCAUGAUCCAACAGCACUUCUUGCUGCAGUAGAUCCAUCGUUGAUGACUUACACAGAAGGUGUCGUGAGAGUGCAAACGGUUGGCAUCACAAAGGGUCUCACAGUUUUUGACAAUACCAAGAAAAGGUAUGGUGAGAUAACGCCGUGGAGUGGUAAGCCGACCGUGAAGGUUGCUGUGACCGUUGAUGCUCCUGCCGUUGUGGAGCUGAUCAUGCAGAGGCUUACGACGGAUGAUUAGUAGCAGCAAGCAAGAAGUCAACGAAAACACUAUGCUGCCGCAAUGCUCCUGCUACCUGUUGGGAUAAUGUGGUUCUUCACUUUGUCUGGUUGAACCUUUGCAGUACUAGAGCAUCCUCAACAGCUCAUCUAAAUUUGGUCAUCUAUAUUUUCAUUUGGAUGAUCAUCUAAAACACUUUUAUUCUUUAUAUCU